AUGGCAGCUGAGAACUUCUCUGUGACAGAGUUUAUCCUCGCAGGCUUAACAGACAAGCCAGGACUACAGCUCCCUCUCUUUUUCCUGUUUCUAAGUUUCUAUGUGGUCACCGUGGUGGGGAACCUGGGCUUGAUCACCCUGAUUGGGAUGAACACUCGUCUCCACACCCCCAUGUAUUUCUUCCUCUUCAACCUCUCCUUCAUAGACUUCAGUUAUUCCACUACCAUCAUCCCCAAAAUGCUGAAGAGUUUUGUCUCAAAGAAGAAUCAAAUCUUCCAUGCAUCAUGUCUGACUCAACUCUUUUUCUUCUGUUUUUUUGUCAUCUCUGAGUCUUUCGUCCUGUCAGCGAUGGCGUAUGACCGCUAUGUCGCCAUCUGCAAACCACUGGUGUACACGACCACCAUGUCUCCCCAGGUCUGUUUCCUCCUUUUGUUGGGUGUCUAUGUGAUGGGGUUCUCAGGGGCCAUGGCCCACACAGGAAGCAUAGCAAGCCUGACCUUCUGUGCUGACAACCUUGUCAAUCAUUUCAUGUGUGACAUCCUUCCUCUCCUUGAACUGUCCUGCAACAGCACUUACGUGCACGAGCUGGUGGUCUUCGUAGUUGUGGCCAUUGACAUUGGAGUGCCCUUGGUCACCAUUUUCAUCUCUUAUGCUCUGAUCCUCUUCAGCAUCCUCCACAUUCCCUCCACUGAGGGCAAGUCCAAAGCUUUCAGUACAUGUAGCUCCCACAUCAUUGUGGUUUGCCUGUUCUUUGGUUCUGGGGCUUUCAUGUACCUCAAACCACCUUCUGUUUUGCCCCUUGAGCAGGGGAAAGUGUCCUCUUUGUUCUAUACCAUUGUGGUGCCAAUGUUAAACCCACUAAUCUAUAGUUUGAGGAACAAGGAUGUCAAAGUUUCCCUGAGGAAAACUUUGGGAAUAAAAAUGCCUUCUUGA